AAGCCGUGAUGAAGCCUUCUCCUCUCUCCUUGCCGAAUCAGUCUCCGCAUCAUCGAUCUGGUGGAGCUCUCCUGCCUCCCCAACCCCAAUGGGCAGCUCAUCCCCACGCACCCCCGUCCCCUCCUCUGCUCCCAGUCCAGCACACCAGCAGAACACCAUCACUGGACGCCCUUGAGCCCUCGCCUGCCGAGGAUGUUGCGUGCGUCGCCGCUGGUUGAGCGGGAGGGCCGAACGUCUCCCAUUGCAACGCCCUGCGCCGCCGCUGCCCGUGCACGCCCUGUGCCGCCGCUGACGCCCACGUGCGCCCCUGCCCCAGCCAGCGAGCCACCGCCGGACCGUGGCCGGCCACCGCCCACGAAGCCUCGGGCCUCGGACGGAACCCUAGGGCCCGCUCAUCCUUCCUCCACGGUGGCCGACGAGGAGCGGCCGCAUUCUGUGGAGCAGCAGCAACAACCGGAGGACGCCUCGUACAUCCAUCUCGACCCCUUGCCCUCUGCAACUGCUCGAACUUGCUGCUGCAAUUGUAAGAAGGGAAGACAUUGCCGUAGCCAGGAGGUGUGGAGGGUGCAGGUGAUCUAUAACAGCAUAGGAAGCACAUCCUUAAUGUGAUGCACAAUAGGGAGAUGAAUCCCGGGCCUGGCCAGAGAACAUUAGUAAGUCUGCGGAUCACUCUUUUUCUAUGCUUUUUCACAAUGGCACAACGAGCUGCCAAAGAGCUUACUUGAGCUUUGACCGUGAAAACUAGCCUAUUUUUUUAGGUAGGGCUGGCUGCACUUAAAGAAAACCAAGCUUCAAAUGAUUUGCUUCAUUUUGAGAUUGUUUGAGAUCGAUAGGUGCGCCAACUCCCAUCUUUUUUCUGUUCCAGCAAGGAGAAGCAAAUGGACGAGGAUUGUUCCUUCUUUCCCUGCAUAGUUUAAGUGUUGAAAGGGGUAACAGCACGCCAGCGAACCAAUCUGAAUGCACUGUGCAGCAGGAGGCAGCCGUUGAAGUAUAUUCUGCUAUCUGCAUUUCGGUGUUGCCUUGAUAUUUUAGCCCUGUAUCUUCAUACAGUUGCCUUCUGUUGUCUACAUUUUGGUGUUGCGCUUAAUGGGACCUGCUGUUGUUACACAGGAAGGUCAAUUGACAUAAGGCAAUGCUUGUCCUUACACACGAAGUUGAAUUGACAUUGUCAUCAAUAGGCGCAACUCAUUUUCUUUAUAACUUAAAGUUCAUUGACAUUAAGCUA